CAGAAAAGCGCACACUUUUUUAAAAAACUUGUCAUUUUGAAUGGUUAUUUCAUACGUAUUCGUUGAUAUAACAUGUUUGUUCAAUUUAUGCAUAAAUUAAGAAAUGAUUUCCAACAGGAAGCCAUGUGUGUGUAUACUUUUAAAUAUGCGCGAAUGGGCUCGCCUAACAGGAAGUGUCCGUGUCAAAAUAAACGGGUUAGAGAUCGAAAAUAAAAUAUAAUGAAGAAAUGUACAAAAAGGAAGUAUAAUUGUUUGUUUAACUCUUGCUGUUUAAUAAAACCUCUUAUAAAUACGUCAUUUAAAACUAUAACCGUAUAUGUAACUAAUAACUAUUCCUAGCUAGCUUAUGUCUGGAAGCUUAGAUGAUGAAACUAGCAUCAUGGACUUGGAGUAUAUAGAAGUAAUAGAAGUGAGAAUAGAAUAGAAAUGUCUGAGAUGUUGUUUAGCAGAUGAUCCACCAAGCUGUGUUAUGAUGUGGCCAUGGUUGUGGUUUGGAUCCAGUCGAUCAGGUGUGUGUAGUGGCACAGCUCUGAUCCUGAUCCUGUUUGUAUUAGUCUGGCUUUGUGGAAUUCAUGCCAGUCUGAGUUUAGGGCCAGGAGGUGAAUUCCCAGGUGUCUAUGAUUUGAUCUUCUACGCUGUGAGUCAUGAGGAGUUUGUGUCUUUGCUCCACGACCUUGCCCUCUUGCUGUGUCUUGGCCCGAGGCAGGAGAGGAAAUGGGGCACGCUGGUCUUCCUUGUCCUGUCUGUUGUCUCGACAGUGCUCCUUCCCCCAAUUUACGCCCUCUUCCUCUUCGUGACGGGGGACGAAGCCAGUCGGAUAUGUGGCUACUCGGGCAUCCAGCUGGCGCUGUUCGCGGCUCAGUGUCGGCAGAGCAAACAGAGACGAGCCCUGCGCUGUCUGCCUCCCUGGACCCUGCCUUGGCUCGUCUUGCUGGUCGAUUUGUUCCUUCUUCCGAGCGCACCCGGACUCCUGCACUUCUACGCCAUCUGCCUGGGACUUAACUACAGCACCGAGUUAAUCAAGCUCCUGCAGCGGAUCGAGGGUCUCGGCGUGUGCUCCUGCCUGCCAGCCUGGCUCUACGUUUCAAAUAAAUAUCAACUACCAACCUACAUCAGCCCCACACACGGAUCUCUACCUCAUGCCGAGUCUCAUACGGGACGUGUCGCUUCUAGCAGCAGGUCCCAGUUGGAGGAUCACACGCCCCCGCAACCGUGGACACACACCGCGCCCCAGUGGCAACGAGAACCUCUUACGGUGACAGAAGAGCAGCUAUUGGACGAGGAGCUGCUAAGAGCAGGGAUCCUGGCGUCGCUGCGGGACGCUCCUGAAGGCACGGCGGCGGAUAAAGUGGAAGUCCAGAAAUCCUCCGUUUCCUCACUGAGGCUGCAGCAGCUGGAGAAGAUGGGCUUCCCGAUGGAGAAAGCCGUGGUGGCUCUGGCCGCGUCUCCGCACCUGGACGGAGCCAUUUCUCUGCUGAUCGAUGACCAGGUUGGUGAAAACGCCGUGGUCAUCUCUAAAGGGAAGAAAGCAGCGAGCACGUGACUCAGGCGCGCUCAGGGACGGUGUGGACAACAUCCCAUAAUACAAAUAUGAACAAAAUCUAAUACAUUAAUACGAGUGGCAUCAGAUCGAAUCGGAUUCAUUGUUACGUCUGGAGCAGAGAAGACUGAAGUGUUAUUUAUUGGUAUUAUAAGCGACUUCGGGGUUUUGUGUGAGUGUGUGUGUGUGUGAGUGUGUGUGUGUGUGUGUGUGUGUGUGUGUGUGUGUGUGUUGGAAUCAAUCAAUAACUAAAUACAUAAAUAAAUAUCUGGCAAUAAAACCUUAGAUAAAUAAAUGCAUCAUUUUCUUGGCAAUAAAAUAUGAAAACAUU